AUGUCUGAGUCGUAUCUAACUUGGGAUCCAGCCCAAGUGUCGCAUUUCAUCGAUGGAGUCGAACCAGACUCUGGCAAGUUAUUUUUAGAUCACAACAUCGAUGGGUCUCUCCUUCCGUAUCUUACCACAGACCAUUUAAAAGAAGUUGGAAUAACCAAGAUCGGGUCGAGAUUAGCGAUUAAACGGGCAAUUUCUGAACUCAUAGUCGAAACGGGUAUCGACGGCACCACUUAUCCAAUUAACAAUAAUGCCAUUGGAGCCGAAUCUCUCACCUUAUCAACCAAGAUCAUGCGUGACAUGUUCAAACAACUCGCCAUCUCGGUCAAACAAAGCCAACCGGCCCCUGCCCCUUCACCAAUUAGUCCCACCCAUCAACUCGAUAUGAAACGACUCAAUGAAAACUUCAACAAACUCAAGGCAGACUUGGUUCCAGUAAUAAAAUAUAUGAAGGAAACAAAGCCACUUCCAACACCAACCUUGGAUCCUGGUCCUACAACCCUUUACCUGCCUACAAAUUCGGUGCUGAGCGCCGCUACAACCUCGUCUCUGGAAGUUUCACCAGCAAUGACAGCGUCUAUUCCCCCCAAGCGUUUCUCGAAGUAA